UCCCAUCCCACCUCGUACUCCCUCUCCCAUCCCAUUCUUCAUUAAGAUUCAUUUUUAAUUACCUUUAUAUAUGGCCGGUGCCGCGGCUCAAUAGGCUAAUCCUCUGCCUUGUGGCGCCGGCACACUGGGUUCUAGUCCCGGUCGGGGCGCCGGAUUCUGUCCUAGUUGCCCCUCUUCCAGGCCAGCUCUCUGCUGUGGCCCGGGAGUGCAGUGGAGGAUGGCCCAAGUGCUUGGGCCCUGCACCGAUGGGAGACCAGGAGAAGCAUCUGGCUCCUGCCUUCAGAUCAGCACGGUGCACCGGCUGCGGUGGCCAUUGGAGGGUGAACCAACGGCAAAAGGAAGACCUUUCUCUCUGUCUCUCUCUCUCACUGUCCACUCUGCCUGUCAAAAUAAAUAAAUAAAAAAUUUUAAAAAAGUUUUAGAAAAAAAAUUACCUUUAUAUACAGAAGACCAACUCUAUACUAAGUAAAGAUUUCAAUAGUUUGUACCCACACGCACCCACAAUGUAUAAAGCAUUGUUUGAGAACAAGUUUUACCUUUAAUUCUCAUAGUACAACUCAUUAAGGGCAGAGGUCCAACAUGGGGAGCAGGUGCACAGUGACUCUGUUGUUGAUUUAACAACCGACACUCUUAGUUAUGACAUCAGUGAUCACCCGAGGAUCUUGUCAUGACUUGCCAUGGCUAUGGAAGCCUUUUGGGUUCACAAACCCAUUAUUUAGACAAGACCAUAAUCAAAGUGGAAGUUCUCACCUCCCUUCAGAGAAAUGUACUUCCUUCUUUGGUGGUUCCUUCUUUCCACUGGGCUCUCACCCACAGAGAUCUUUGAUGUAGGCCACUUUUUGCCACAGUAUCUUGGCUUUCCAUGCCUGAAAUGCUCUCAUGGGCCUUUUAGCCAGAUCUGAAUGCCUUAAGGGCUGAUUCUGAGGCCAGAGUACUGUUUAGGGCAUUUGUCAUUCUAUGAGUCUGCUGUGUGGUCUGCUUCCCACGUUGGAUCACUCUCUCCUUUUUAAUUCUAUCUAUUGUUAUUAGUAGACACUUGCUCUUAUUUAUGUGAUCCCCUGACACUUAUUCCUUUCUUUAUGAUCAGUUAUGCAUUUAAAAUGAUCACUUUAACUAGUACAAUGGCAUUAGUACCUGCCAACUUAAUGAGAUUUGGAGCCCCAUGGCAAGUUUUUAGCUUUACCCUUAGGUGUUAAGUCUGUGGGAAUGUGUGCUAACCUGCAAAUCUCCUCCCUUUUUUAUUCCCACUCUUACUUUUUACAAGGAUCAAUUUUCAAUUGGAUUUGAAUACCUAAGAAAAAUUCUGUGUUAAGUAGAGAGUUCAACCAAUAGUAUUAAGUAGAAAGAGAAAAUACUAAAAAGAAUAAAUCAGUAAGCUGUUCCUUGACAGUCAGGACAAGGGCUGAUCAAGUCAUUGCUUCUCAUAGUGUGUUUCGCUUCUACAGGUUUCCUCUUAGGUGCUCAGUUAGUUGUCACAGAUUAGGGAAAGCAUAUGAUAUUUGUCCCUUUGGGACUGGCUUAAUUCACUCAGGAUGAUGUUUUCCAGAUUCUUCCAUUUUGUUGCAAAUGACCGGAUGUCUUUUUUUAGCACUGUGUAGUAUUCCAUAGAGUACAUAUUCCAUAAUUUCUUUAUCCAGUCUUCUGUUUAUGGGCAUUUAGGUUGAUUCCAGGUCUUAGCUAUGGUGAAUUGAGCUGCAAUAAACAUUGAGGUGCAGAUAGCUCUUUUGUUUGGCAGUUUAAUUUCCUUUGGGUAAAUUCCGAGGAGUGGGAUGGCUGUGUUGUGUGGUAGGGCUGUAUUCAAAUUUCUGAGGUAUCUCCAAACUGACUUCCAUAGUGGCUUGACCAGUUUGCAUUCCCACCAACAGUGUGUUAGUGUCCCUUUUUCCUCACAUCCUCGCCAGCAUCUGUUGUUGGUAGAUUUCUGAAUGUAAGCCAUUCUAACUGGGGUGAGGUGAAACCUCAUUGUGGUUUUGAUUUGCAUUUCCCUGAUUGCUAAUGAUCCUGAACAUUUUUUCAUGUGUCUGUUGGCCAAUUGGAUUUCCUCUUUUGAAAAAUGCUUGUUUAAGUCCUUAAGCCUCACUCCUACAACUACAAGGAACUAAGUUCUCCCAACAUAGAUGAGCUUGGAAGAAGAUCCUAGGUCCAGAUGAAAACUCAGCCCAGCUGAGAUUUCAGCUAAAUGGCAAGCUAUUUUUGUAUAUUCACAACACUUCUGACUCCAAAUGUGUCACUUUUCCACCAGAAAAACUCUCCAAUUCUUAUGGACACCUACCACACCCAGUGAUUUAAUUCAGUUAUGACUCUAACUCCUACCGUUAGUGCAGCCCACAGUUAAGGGUUCCCCCAGUAAAGUUGCCCUAGCUUCAGACGCCAGAGUUCAAGCCACCCUUACUUCUGACCAACCAGCUAUAAAUUGUACCUCUCUAGGUACAAUAAUUUACUAGAAUAGCUCACAGAACUCCAAAAACAGGUUACUUGUUUAUUGCAAGGGAGUCAACUUGGAAAUAGUCAAAUAGAAAUGAACACUGGGCAGGAUAAGCAAAGGGACGUGGAGAUUCACUGGCCUCUCUGGGAAUGCCACCCUCCAUGCACAUCAGUGCACUCAUCAACCUGGGAGCUCUCUAACCUCAAUGGUCAGGAUUUUCAUGGAGGUUCCAUCUUGUAGGCAUGGUUGAUUGCAUCACCAGCCAUUGGUGAUUGAACUUGCUCUUGAUCCCUCUCCCUUCUCAUGGGGGUCAAGUGGUAGGGCUGUACUUCCUAACUUUCUGGUCAUCUGGUUGGUUCCUUUCUAGCCAGUCCCAUCCUGGAGUCAUCUAAGGGUCCCAGUCACCGGCUGUAGGUUAAGAUUCAGAAAGACAUAUCACUCCAGAGAUUUCAAGGACCUUAGGAGCUCUAGUGUCAGGAACUAGGAAGACCAAAAGAUAUGAAUGGCAUCUCUGUUGCUCAGGAAGUUACAAGGGUUUGUGGAGCUCUGUGCCAGCAAGUAGGGGUAGAUACCAAAUACAUGGUUCUCAUCAUGUCACAGCUGGCUGAUGAGGUCCUAAUCAGCUAAGCCAUGCCUGAACUCCAGGAAGUGUGAGAUCACAAGUGCAUGUUGUUUAUGCUACUACGUUGGUGGUAAUUUGUUACGUUGCAAUGGAAAAUUAAUGCAGCAUCUAAGUUGAAGAGCAAGACAAGCAGGAGCUUCUUUGUCCUCCUUACAGAUUGAUUUUCCAGUUGUUUCCACUGUUCUUGAAAAUACUGUUAAAUGCCACUCUUAGCCAUUGGUUUCCCUUAGAAAGGCUAGAAAGUGGAGAGUAAAAAAUAAGAGAAUUGUCAGAUGCCAAGUUGUUUCAAGAACCUACCCACAGAAUUCAUUUUUAUAACACCCAAUGAAUAGAAUUGUUUCAGAGCACUUUGAUUUCAGUAAAACAUUAGCAUUUGGAAAAUAUAUUCAUUAAUUCUUGAGUUGGCAAUCUUUGAAUACAAUAGAAAUCCACAUUUAUUUUUAAAUGGAAUUGGGGGUAUUAGAGAAGAUUGAAAUGACUCAUACUCUGCUCAUCUAUGGUGUUUUGUAAAUCAGUGUCGGAAAAAAGAUCCCAGGGUCUGUUGACAUAGGCUAUUUUAAAAAAUCUAUUUCAUCUCAAGAAUAAAUAUUAAUAUGAACUUUUGGUGGUUUAGUAUUCAUGAUAAGUAGAUUUUCUUUAGUUUGGAAAAAAAAGAUUUGAUAUAUUUAUGGUGAAACAAUGUUAAAGUAAGAAGACUGACAUUUAAAAAUAAAUACUUAUCACUGCCCUUGGAGGACAUUGUUGCUGAAAUUUGAUUGUGAUGCUUCAGUUUUACAGAGUCUAUUUCCAAGGAACAGAAUGAGUGUGAUAAGCAGGGUGAGUGUCUCCUACAGUGGUAAGGAGAAUACAUUAUUUGAGUUUUGUAAGUUUUAAAUACUUUCAUGAUGAGAAUAUAAUUACAUGGGAAAGACCCAAACAAAGCGAGCCUGUAGUUCUCACUGUAAAAAAAGCCACACUUAACACCAGGAAGCUCUCCAGGUGAUCUUGUAGUGCCAUGAGAGGAUUCGCAUUGGGGCCUUCACCAAAUGCUAGAACUCACUGAUUAAAAACAAUGCCCCGCCCCCUAAAAACCAGGGAUGGAGCGGAGCUAAUGUUUUAUGUGCCUGCACAUAAAGCUUUGUGUUUAGGUCAUGUCAGUGUCUGUCUUGAGGAAGUCUCAAGGUGAGUGAAGUAUAAAUUACUCCUUCACUAAUAGUCCUGAAAUACUUUUCCACAUGCCAACCCGAGCCGUCUUCUAUUUUCAAUUUGUCCUCCCUUUAAAAAUUGUAAAUAUUGCCAUUUCCUGAGUUGACAUUCAACAUGAAUCGGGAGAAGUUAGAACACCGGGACUAUAACAAGGAAUUCAAGAAAGCAUGAAGUGUAAAAGUGGUAGAAAAAUCAAUGCCCAUGAGCAUUUACUUAGCGCCUAGUCUGUGCAACGCCCAAUAGCGUACCCAGCACAUUAUCGACCUUGGAAUUACCCUUCUCGCCUGGAGAUCUGCAGUGCUGUGGUGCUGCAGAAUUCCGUGUUGAUAAUGUACUUCAUAACAAUGAUGUCAGCCACAAGUACCAAUUAUUAGAGAAAAAAAUGUAUUCUAAAAUAAUUCAACAAUACAACAUAAAAUUAUUAUGAAGAUUUAGUGAAUUAAAGACCUGUAGAGUGACAAGGACAAUGUCUACUAUAUGGUAAAUAUACACUAUGAGGAUUUAUUAGCCAUCUUAAUAAAAAUAGCAACUACACAUGGACCUAUGUAUAGUGAUAGGGUAUUUUGAAAACAAUUUUGAGUAUAAUAUUUAGCUUUGAUUUACUUGAGAAGCAGAGAGGAAGACAUCCCCCAUACUGGUUCACUCCCUGAAUGCCCAUAAUAACCCAGGCUGUGCUAGGGCCAAAGCCAGGAGCUCAAAACUCACUCCCACUAUCUGGGGGUGGGAGUAAAAGCUGAGAAUCCAGCCUAGGCACUCUAAUCUGAAAUACAGGGGUCGUAACUGCUGGGCUAAAUGCUCGCUUCCUGUUUUGAAGCUUGAACGACUGGUUAUUGGGUGGGAAGUAAAGCCCUCUGCUACCCUCUUGGUGAAACUGCUGACGAUCGAAGAAUGAUGGUUAGCAAAGAUCCAGGAUGACACAGCCAAUGUAUAUACUCAUACUUGCCUCAAAACAUGGAAAACAAAAGAGAAGUAGUUAGCCAAAGGCUGGAGAAAUAAAUAAAAGAAGAAUAUUCUUCCAGCUGUGUGAGAAACACACACACAUAUAAUAACAAGGAUAAAACAUCCUAUUCUUCUAUAUCAUUUUUAUUUUUCAUAAUCUUAAAUUAUCAUUCUUGCUACAGAGCCAGGUAUAAAAAUGCCAGACCUAAUUACAUAUUUCAAGACUAAAGUAAACAGGAUUUAUAAAGUAUCUGUCACAACUGUAAAUUGUUGAGAAGUUUGGGAGUAGAACUUGGGUUUGAAAUUUAUUUUUAAAUUAAAAACUUUGGAAUUGAAGUGUUUACAAAUCUUUGAUGAUUUAAUGGUGGCAGUGUUCCUAUCAGUUCUUUGGACAAGGUCUUUGCUCUCUAUAUUGCACUUCCAAAUGUGGAAAUUUGAACGGAACAGAGAAUUUAAACUAGAUCUUAUUCCAAGCAAAAAUGAAAAGUCGAACCAUUUAUGAUUGGGAUUUCAAAUCAUUUGUCCCAGUAAAGGUGGCAUUCACAUUGAGUUAUUCACAACACUGAGUGAUGUUAACAUGACAUCUGAGGCUGGCACUGUGGCUCAAUAGGCUAAACCUCCGCCUUGCGGUGCCGGCACACCAGGUUCUAGUCCCAGUCGGAACGCCAGAUUCUGUCCCAGUUGCCCCUCUUCCAGGCCAGCUCUCUGCUGUGGCCAGGGAGUGCAGUGGAGGAUGGCCCAAGUGCUUGGGCCCUGCACCCCAUGGGAGACUAGGAUAAGUACCUGGCUCCUGCCAUCAGAUCAGCGUGGUGCGCCAGCCGCGGCGGCCAUUGGAGGGUGAACCAACGGCAAAGGAAGACCUUUCUCUCUGUCUCUCUCUCUCACUGUCCACUCUGCCUGUCAAAAACAAAAAAACAAAAAAACAAAAAACAAAAAAAAAAAAACAAAAAACCCGACAUCUGAGCCUUUCAGUGAUCUUACUGGCCUAGGAUAUAGAGGAAGCAUAAACUAUUGGCCAGGCUCCAAAGUAGCUCCUUGCUUGCUUCUACAACUCAUUCCCUGUUCUCGCACCUGCUAUCACAGGUUCGCAGACUCUGAAGAUGGUGGCUUUUGUUCAUCACCAUGAUCCAGACUUUUUCUUGAGCACUUGCUCCCUGAUGUUGGCGGGAUUUGGAGAUUUAUAAGCAAAGAACAGUGUGACCACUGAGAGAUUUACAUUAGUUUUAUGACAUAGUACAUAAAUCUUUGAAUGCCAUGGAUAUGUUAUUCAUGUUAGAACUCUUUUUUUUUUAAAGAUUUUUAUUUAUUUAUUUGAUAGUUAGAGUUACAGACAGUGAGAGAGAGAGAGAGAGAGAGACAAAGGUCUUCCUUCCGUUGCUUCACUCCCCAAUUGGCCGCUACCGCUGGCACUGUGCUGAUCUGAAGCCAGGGGUCAGGUGUUUCUUCUUGGUCUCCCAUGGGGGUGAAGGGGCCCAAGCACUUGGGCCAUCCUCCACUGCACUCCUGGGCCACAGCAGAGAGCUGGACCGGAAGAGGAGCAGCCAGGACUAGAUCCAGCGCCCAAUUAUGGGGAGGAAGCCAUUGUAAUCCAUAAACUGUACUUUGUAAGUUUAUAUUUACUAAAUAAAAAAAAGGCAAAAAAAACUUACUAAAUGAGAUGUAAAAUAACAUUGAUAUGAUAUAAUUGUGUUUGUUAUAAAGUUGAUUAGCAAGUGUUCCCUUUCUGAUUAAAGAAAAUGUCAGGCUCAUAUUUAAUAUUAAAAUGAUUUUAUACUUAAUAUUAUUUAAUAUUAAUGAACAUUAUAUGAUUUAAUACUUAACUAAUGUAUUUUAGGCAGUUUAUAUUAACUACAAUGUGUAUUUCUAUUUAAAGUUUUGUAAAUCAUGAGAAUUUGUUGUGUUUAAGGCUAUACCAUUGUGAAAGAAAUGAAAAGCCAUAUAUCAGUUCUAAAAAAAUGACUGUUUUCUAUAGUCACAUGUGUCCAUUGUUCUGUUGUUUUGCCAUCCACAUUUGAAAGCAAGUAUUUGUAGUUUAGACUGUAGGCUUCAAUUGACUAUCAGCAUUGCCUCCUUUAUAUCAAUAUGAUUGUAUUAAACUUCUUCAAUUCAGAUUCAAGACACUCUUAAGUGACUCACAUGAACUGUUGAAUAUCUCUAUAUCCAUUAAUCCCUAAAACAAAUUUUCCACCUCAGUCAAUAUGGUAUUCAUAGAUUUCUCAAAGUAUACUAUGUUCAUUUGCUCUUGCCUAUAUAAGCAUGUUCAGUUUUUUAACUUAAAUAGUCCUUUGGCCUCUUUACCAACUUGAGUUCUGAGUCAGGAGCCUUUUACUGGGUGUUGUGUUCUUUUCUGAAGGCCAAGGAUUCCUUUGCAAGUGAAAAUGAGUCCAGAGCAACACCGAUAGCAAGGAUGGCAAAUAGUAAAGAGUUAGCAAGGAGUUGGAGGGUAGUGAGCUUGGAAAUUUAUGGAGGAUACUGACAACUUGAUUCAGAAAUUUGGAAAACUGUUAUAUGGAAGAGGGAUUCUUCAAUUUUGCACUGUCUAGAGUCCACAAAUAGUUCUAGAACUAAUUUGAGUUUUGAUGAAAUAGACAUCUGACUCACUUCCAUGGAAAUUCAUAGCAGUUUGAGCAUUUCCGUAUUUUUCUGCAAUACAGACUUCCUGAGCUUUGCUGGACUCUGCUGUAGAUGGCUUCUUGCCCACACAUGUAUGGUUUUACGAGAAAGGAAUGAUUUUUUUCCUAGAAACCUUUUAUUUAAGGUAUACAAACCUCACGCAUUUCAUAAAUACAACUUUAGGAACAUAGUGAUUCUUCCCACCCACACUCCCACCUUUCUUCUUCUUCCUUCUCCUAUUCCCAUUCUUAAUUUUCACUAAGAUCUAUUUUCAAUUAACUUUAUUCUUAUAAGAUUAAUUCUAUACUAAGUACAGAGUUCAACAAAUAGUAUGAAAAAAAAAAACUGUUCCCAAACAGUUGAGACAAGGACUAUUCAAAGUCAUCACAUCUCAAAGUGUCAAUUUCACUUCUGUAGAUUAACUUUUAGGUUCUCUAUUAGAUACCACAGGGAGAACAUAUGGUAUUUGUCCUACUGCCUUAUUUCACUUAGUAUAAUGUUUUCCUGUUGCAUCUAUUUUGUUGAAAAUGACAAAGGAAUAAAUUUUUUUCUUUUCUAAUGGUUGGGUAUCUUUUGUACACAUUUGCCUUUUUCUGUGUUCAUGAGUGAGAUAUAUGAUGCAAAUCUGGGUGGUUACCCUAAAGAGUCUGUGAAAGGAAUUAAGAGAUCAGGUUUUUUUUAGUGCAAAUAAUUCAUAGAAAAUUCAUAUGUGAGCUCUAUGUAUGGAGUUCAUAUUGUUUUGUACCCAAAAUAAGUUGAUCUUUUCACUACAUUUCCCAUGUACUUUUUGAAGUACUGUCAUAUGUUUAAAUACCCUAAAAUAAAUAUAAAAUAGAAUAACCUAAGAAAUGAAAAUGUUUCAGGCAUAUAAGGCAGAAAAUUGUCAUCAUAAGCCAACCUGCACUAUAAAAAACAUAUUAAAAACCAUCCUUUGCUUUGCCUCCGGACUUCUCUGGGGCCAGCAGCCGCCCGACUAGGGGCCCGGGGCAGCGGGCUCUGCCGACGACCAUGGGCUCCGUGUCCAACCAGCAGUUUGCAGGUGGCUGCACCAAGGCGGCGGAGAAGGCGCCCGAGGAGGCACCGGCGGACGAGCCGCAGCUGCUGCACGGGGCCGGCAUCUGUAAGUGGUUCAACGUGCGCAUGGGGUUCGGCUUCCUGUCCAUGACCGCCCGCGCCGGGGUCGCGCUCGACCCCCUGGUGGACGUCUUUGUGCACCAGAGUAAGCUGCACAUGGAGGGCUUCCGGAGCCUGAAGGAGGGUGAAGCAGUGGAAUUCACCUUCAAGAAGUCCGCCAAGGGCCUGGAAUCCAUCCGUGUCACCGGGCCUGGUGGGGUGUUCUGUAUCAGCAGCGAGAGGCGGCCAAAGGGGAAGAGCAUGCAAAAACGCAGAUCUAAAGGAGGCAGGGGCUACAACUGUGGAGGUCUAGACCAUCAUGCCAAGGAGUGCAAGCUGCCACCCCAACCCAAGAAGUGCCACUUCUGCCAGAGCAUCAGCCAUAUGGUGGCCUCGUGCCCCCUGAAGGCCCAGCAGGCCCCCAGCGCCCAGGGAAAGCCAGCCUACUUCCGGGACGAUGAAGAGGAGAUCCACAGCCCUGCCAUGCUCCCCGAGGCCCAGAAUUGAGCCACAGGGGGUGGGGGCUGGUUUUUUGGCUAUCAGGAAGUUUCAAGGAGCAGGCAUCAACUGCAGAGUGGAGAAAGUGGGGACAGGGUGGGUUGGGGGGAGCUGGCAUUGCCACGUAUCCCAGGCUGGGGUUCACAGCAUCACCCCUUUUUACCUCAUGCUGGGAGGAAGGAGUGAGGCAGGGAAUUCCAACCAUGCUAUAUCCAAAUGCAAUUAAGGGGUUUGGGGGGGGGUAUCACCCUGUAGCCUGCAUGCUUUAUCUGAGGCCCCAUGUGCCAAAUCUCUAGCUUUGCAAAGUCACCUGGAUGGGGGAAGUGUUCCUUUGAAGGAAGGAUAUGGAAUAAUACUUCCCUAGCCAGGGUGAGAAGACUGGUUGUGGGUCCAGAUUCCUGGACCCAACCCCCAAACCACUACGUCCUAUGGGAGGGACUUGGGAGUAAGGCAGGGUUUUCCACAUCUUGUUUCCUCAUAACUCGAUCCUGGGAUAGGGUGCUGGGAACUGUCCCAAGCAGUGGGUUGUGACGAUCGGCAGAAAGGGUGGCUAGGGGAACAGUCACAGACCCGCUGCUCCUGAGCUCACU